UUAUUGUGGUCAAUGUGUACUUUUGAAGUUUAUUAAAGGUGUUUUUAAAUAGGUGCAGUUUCGUCGUUGGUAUAUAGAAUUUCCGGUGCAGCCAUCAAAAUGAGAAGACAAAUAUCAGCACCAGACUAUAAUUUGGAGGACAAAAAUAAUGAAUUAGUGGCCAGUCCCCCGGGCGGCGCGGGCGCAGCACAUGAAGAAGCACCGCGCCCUCCGCCUCCCCCUGCACCAAGAAAUGGCACUUCUUCCAAGCAAGGCGGCCUGACAAUAGUCCGGCGCUCUUCAAGUCGAGGCAAGACAGAAUCCUCGCCGCCCACGGAUGAACAGCUGGAUCAACUAGAUCUUGAAACGGAGCACUUGCCUGCUGUAGACACGCCAGAUGCUUGCGACAAAGCCGCUCUUAGAUUACGCUACCUCUUAAGACAAUUGAACAGAGGUGAAAUAGCAGUGGAAACAUUACAAAAUAAUCUUCAAUACGCCGCUAAAGUUCUGGAAGCAGUCUACAUCGACGAGACCAAGAUUACGAGGCAUGCAGAGCAGCCGCGUGUUCAACCAACCACUCUUCACAUGAGACGACUGCGCACACCCUGCUGGGCAAGAUGUUCUGUAGAAAAACCGAAUGAAGCAAAACGCUUGGCUGAUGAAGAUGACGAACUAUCUGAAGUACAGCCUGAUGCAGUACCUCCUGAGGUUAGGGAGUGGCUGGCUUCAACGUUCACGAGGCAGUUGGCGACGGCAAAGCGGAAGUCUGAUGAGAAACCCAAGUUCAGAUCGGUGGCACAUGCAAUACGAGCUGGAAUAUUCGUGGAUAGAAUCUACAGGCGGGUGACAAGUACUGCCCUGAUGCAGUUUCCCCAAGAUGUAGUCAGAGUUUUGAAGACAUUGGACGAAUGGUCGUUUGAUGUGUUCGCGUUACACGAAGCAUCUUUGGGAUCACCAAUCAAAUAUUUAGGAUACGACUUGUUGAAUCGAUAUGGGAUGAUACACAAAUUUAAAGUCCAGCCAACGACGUUAGAGAACUUUCUAAGUCGAAUAGAGGAAGGCUACUGCAAGUUCCACAAUCCCUACCACAACAAUCUUCACGCGGCCGACGUAGCACAAACCGUGCACUACAUGCUGUGUCAGACUGGACUCAUGAACUGGUUAUCAGACCUGGAGAUAUUCGCGACUCUCGUAGCAGCGAUUGUACAUGACUUCGAGCAUACUGGUACCACCAACAACUUCCACGUGAUGUCAGGAUCUGAUACGGCGUUGCUUUACAAUGAUAGAGCUGUUCUUGAGAACCAUCACAUCAGCGCAGCAUUCAGACUGUUACGUGAUGAAGAGAACAACAUAUUGCAAAAUUUAUCCCGGGACGAGUUUCGGGAGUUCAGGACCCUCGUGAUCGACAUGGUGCUGGCCACAGACAUGUCGUUCCACUUCCAGCAGCUCAAGAACAUGAGGUCCUUACUCACACUUGCUGAACCAUCCGUUGACAAAUCUAAAGCUGUUUCCCUUGUACUACAUUGCUGUGAUAUCUCACAUCCAGCCAAGCGAUGGGACCUGCACCAUCGGUGGACGAUGAGCCUAUUGGAUGAGUUCUUCUUACAAGGCGACAAGGAGAGGGAGCUGGGACUGCCGUUCAGUCCUUUGUGUGACAGGAAUAACACCCUCGUGGCAGAAUCUCAGAUCGGUUUUAUAGACUUCAUCGUUGAACCAAGCAUGACCGUGUGCGCUGAUAUGUUGGAGUAUAUCCUAGGACCACUGCAUUCAAGUACGAAGACCUCAACAAGUACUGUCAAACAAGAUUCUAUCAACGAAGAAAGCGCAGGAGCGGAAACUAAUACGAAAUUUAAAAUAAAAAAGCCUUGGGUAGCUUGUUUAAUGGAUAACAAAAAGAUUUGGAAGGAGCAAGCCACGAAAGAUGCAGAAGAUCGAGCAAAAUUGGAAGAAGAGGAGAAUGGACCGCCACCAACACAGCCGGAUGAAUAAUAUUUAGCCACUUUUGUAAAUAGUAUUAGAAAUACUUGUUCAAAUAUGUUCCAGUCGUUUUUGAACAAGGAUUAAGGAUAUUGUGCUUAUAUCUUGUAUGUAUAGAGUUGCAUGAGGAGAAUUCAAUUGGAAGUAAUUCCAGAAAAACGUUACAAACCACAAUCAUGCCGGAAUUGAGUUAAGAAAACAAAACUGGUCACGUGAUUCACAUUAACGGACUGACCAAAAAUGGUAGCCCUACUGUCACUUUUUAAAUGACAUCAUGACUUAGUAGCCCAACCCACAUGUAUGGAAUACACAAAUAUUAAUUAAACUUUUAACACGAAUUCCUUUAAAUGUGAUGUUUGUGGCUUGGAAAGGUUUUUAGGAACUACGUUCAAUUGCAAAACAAAAAUCCGAAAUCGUUGUCCUUUUAAAAAGUUAUGUUUUAAUAAUGCUGCUUCAAUGUUUAGAUAUUUAAAUACCCUAUUCAAUGACGUAAAUUUUAUUCCAAAAUGAUUAUCCAAUAUGGAGCUAGCUCGGCAUAAGAAAUUAAAAUAGAGACACAUUCAGCAACUUUUUUCACUGUGAAAAAAUACUGUUUUAAAAAUCCUGCCUUAGUGUUAAGUACAUAACAUUAUCUAGUUUUGAAACAACAAUAUUUUUCUCAUUCUUCAUAGAACUAAAUUUUCGUUUGAAGUUUUAGAAAAUAUAAUUAAACAAAACAAAAACUAAAUUGAUACCGCUACUAAUACUGUCUUCUGUCGAACUGAUUAAUUGACGCUUAAACGUGUAUGUAGAAGCAUGAAUUUACAUAUUAUAUUGACACUAUUUAAAUUAAUUUAAAAUAUACAGUUCUCUACAAUGUAGUGUCGAGUCUGCAUAAUGUAUAAGGAACAACGGUGACUGCACAAUAUACUAAUAGAACAGUAAUUUAACUUUACCAGUGGGAGGCUCCUUUGCGCAGGAUGCCGGCUAGAUUAUGGAACCACAACGGCGCCUAUUUCUGCCGUGAAGCAGUCAUGUGUAAGCAUUACUGUGUUUCGGUCUGAAGGGCGCCGUAGCUUGUGAAAUUACUGGGCAAAUGAGACUUAACAUCUUAUGUCUCAAGGUGACGAGCGCAGUUGUAGUGCCAUUCAGAAUUUUUUGGGUUUAUCAAGAAUCCUGAGCGGCACUGCAGUGUAAUGGGCAGGGCGAAUCAAUUACCAUCAGCUGAACGUCCCGCUCGUCUUGUCCUUUAUUUUCAUAAAAAAAACUUCUUACUAGAGCGCCCGAAUCGAUUACACGCCCGCUAAGCAAUCUUGGGAAGACGUAACUAUGGAGUGCCACGCCGUACGCCGAGAGUGGUCGCUGGCCGAGUUAAUUUAUCUACGCCGCGGCGUCCCUGUCGUUAAUCUCUUAAGUAUAAAUUUUAAUGUAAAUAUAAAUUUCAAGGAGAACGCUAAGUUACGCUACUGUUCUAUAACGGCCGUUUCCAAUAUACUAUCUACAGAUAGAGAUAAAUUACUACCUUCUACUGUCAGUAAUUAGCUGUCAAUAAUCUGAAGCUGUCCCAAUAUACCCGAUAAGUCAUUCUUAUCGCCUUAUAUUGGGACGCGUGAAUUGCAAUUUCCAUACAAACUUCAUACCGCUGGUAGGCUAGACGACGUUCCAUUGACAGACAGCGUGCACGGAUAAGCUGAGCUACCGUCGACAAGUAAAGUUAACGAUAAUUAAGAUUUUUAUCUCAAGUAAGAGAUAGACUGAAUAUUGGGAACGGCCGUAACUUGUAUUGUGGUGAAGGGGAACGAAAAAUGAUGAAUUUGUGUGUACGGCUUACCGAAGGGAAACGACCCAAUUGACAGCUUUCCUUCCCGGAGUUCUUUGUAAUCGGAUAAUACCUUCCUCUUUAAAUACGUAUGCUAUUGUAAAUUUGCUUGGAAGCCGCGUAGUAAGUUAUUUUGCAUUGCAGAGUAACUACGGUUAACUUAGAUGUUAAGUAAUUUAUUUAAAUCGAUCGAAACUGGCUUGCAGUGAAGUACUACGAUUUGAUUUUAGUUGAACAACUUUUAUUGUACACCAAAAAAUGAAAAAAACUCGGCAGGACCUUGUACUAUUGUUUAUAUAAAAUUAUAUACCUAUAGGUAUCUAUCUAAAAUUUUAAUUAUAAAACAGUAAACAUAGCUAUGCAUUUAUGUGUUAUUUAGAAUAUGCGUUAGCUGUAAAUAGCUGUUAGCAAUUUAUCGACGUCUCGUAUUUCAUUGUAGAUAUAACAUAAUAUAUGUAGGCAUCGUCGUUUUAAAUUUAUUAUCUUAGACUCAAUAAACAAGCAAUUGAAAAUUUUAUUCGUAACUCAAAAUAUACGCCUAUAUGUCUCUAGGUUUAUAGAAAUAUCUACGGCCGUUUUCAAUAACCUAUCUAUCCUUAGUUUAACUUACGGAUACAUAGCUGUCACCGUUUAAUGACAAGAUCUGAUCUAAGAUUGAUGUUAAUUUAAGUUUGCUUGGUAUGUAUAUCUUUUUAUAGUAUAGUACAGUAUAUUAUAAUUGUUACAGAAAUUAAAACGUGAACUGACUAUGUAUUCCACUAUAAGUUUGCAUGCCUUAUGGGUUAGGAUAAGAGCACCUGUUAAUUAUAAAUCAACAACAUCUUAUUAUUACCUACCUUAUCUUGCAAAUAAAGAUGAUUUGAUUUGAUUUGAUCUUAUUUAUCCAUAGUUAUGUCCAAUAUAGUUAUCAUCCAAUGCUAUCUGUCAAUAGGUUAUUGAAAUGUAUGUAAGCGUAAAAGGAUAGAUUUGUCUACGUCUAGUAGGUAAGUUAAACUAAGGAUAGAUAGGUUAUAGAAAACGGCCCUUAAUGAGAUUACGGAUUUGAUAUAGGAGCGGUAGGUACUAUGUAGAAUCCGUUACUAGAUACUUCUAAGUUUAGAAUAGGAAAGUAAAGCUAAUAUAGGUAAAUAUUACCUGCUGGUUUCGGAGCAAACUAUACUUGUAGAAGUAUCUCUAUAGUAGGAUACUUAUUAUAUAUAUGUUAUAUAUCUCUAUCAAGUAGUCACUACUAUUAUAAUAUUAAAAUUAGUGCAUAUAAUGUAGAUUGUUUACAACUUAUUUAUGUAUGUGACAAAUACGCUUAUUAAUUUUAAUGUAUCCCUUUGUAUAAUACCUACUCGAUACUCCUUGACCAAUUGAUAGUGUUAUCAAUAUUUUUCAACUAAGUAAAUGUAUGUUAUAGGAAAUCAUUAAUGUAUAUUUAAAUUUGCUUAAAAUAAGAAGUAAUUCCGCUUCUAGAGAAGGAAAAACUAGUUUUGCUGCAAUAGAAGCACAUAAUACAAUAAAUAUGAGCACAAAAAUAGUUGACCAACCCCACUGAUGACUUUUAACUACAAUAAAAACUAGACUCUCAAUCACACUUAAAAAUUGUUUCGACCGCGCUUUGAAUACAACGCCACGCAAUGACAAAGUGCUCAA